AUCAAAAGCACCACCCUUGCAUAUUUGAUUUGCUAAGCGAGCUGACAAGGAUUACCGCUACAAAAGGCCGCUUGAGCAGCCAAAGAGUAGUACGGUUAGCUCAACAAUUGCUGGCAUGCUUGUUGCGCUCGGCUCUUUGCUUGCGGCUUAGGCUGCAGCCCUACACUUCCAAGGGAAUAAAGGCGUUCGCAAGAAUGAGCAGCUGCUUGCGCUUCCUUGCGUGUUUCGGUGAUGAGGAACCCAUCGAAACAGCCACAGCCGAGUCUGCCAAUGCCAGUGAUGGUGAUGCUGCUGGCAUAGCAGCCCCUACGGACUCCGGUACACCCAAGAUUCACGAGAGUGUCGCGGAGUCUGACAAUACCAAUCGAGAACCUGUCGGAGCAGCAGCCACGACCAAUGCCGAUACUGGUGACACUGUUGGCAUAGCAGCCUCCAGAACCAGCGACACCAUCUCGCCCGAGGGCAUCCAAAUCCGUGAGGGUGCCGUGCAGACCGCUUAUGCCAAAGCUGCCAAUGGCGCCGGUGCACUCAUCACAGUGAUAUCCAUCGUGCCCGACCCCUUUGGCAUCAACUCCACCAUCAAGUCCAUACUGAAGCUUAUCCAGAAGCGUGCAGAUGGUGCAGUGACCAAUACGGCCAACUGCAAGAGGCUGCUGGACACGGUGCUGUGGACGCACAAUGUGCUAAAGGAUGCGGGCUGGGAGAAGGACGCGGGGGCAAAGGUGGUGAACGAAUGGCAGGAGUUGAGAACUGCAUUGAACAAUGCGGCGGCUUUCCUGGACGAGUUCGGCAAGAACAGCUUCCUGACCCGGCUGGUCCACGCUGGCAGGGACAAGGAUGACUUCGUAAGCCACAACUACGAGGUUACCCAGCGGACACAGCGCCUUCUCAUGGCACUUGCUAUCAAGCGCAACCUGCCGCCCCCACCUGCUGUGACCUACGACGACGGUGGUUCCCCUGCCCUGCGGGCUGAGCUGUGCCGGCUGGGCGGCAGCGAGGACGUGCAGGAGGCGAUAGAGGUGGUGGCGGCCGACCCCAGCCUGCUGCGACAGCUCAAGCCGCACAUGGGGCUGGAGGCGCAGAUUCUCGAAUCUGCGCUAGCGGCCCUGGCGAAGGAGGCGCGGCACGUCAAGUUGCCCGACAACCUGCCAUCAGAGCUGCAGCGUUUUUGGCACCAGCAUUUCAAUGCUGAAAGCGUUAGCUUUGAUACCUUUUCCGACGUGGUCUUGACCACAAUGAACGACGAAGUGCCCGACCUAGCCUCGGCUGUCAAGGAACGAGCAACCAAGCUCCUCCACCUGGGAGCCUCGGAGGUGCUGGGUGGGCCAGGCUGCUGGGAGCAGCCCAAGGUUUUGUUGCGGCAGCUGUUGCAGGGGCACAUAGACCUUGACGGCAAUGGUCUUGCGCAGACGGAGGAGUACUACCGCUUUUACUUGCGGUGCUGUGACUGGGCAGCCUCGACCGGUGUUUCUAAACCAGCCAGCUUGCUAUCCUGCAUCAAGCUGCUGUGCGCCCACUUUGACCCCAAGCUCCUCUCGGCAGUCGAGCAGGAGGAGCUGCGGAAGCUUGCGGCUGUGCUCAAGCCCUUUAGGUUCUCCUCGGAUGUGGCCAACCAUCUCACACGCUUCCUGCCAGGCAGCCGUUCCUGGCUGUUCCAGAUCUACGAGGAGUGGCUCGCCAAGGACCCCAAUGACCCCAACUACCGUGCUCUGGUGCUGUACGGCGGCCCGGGGCUGGGCAAGUCCACAGUGGCCGCAGCCCUGGUGUCCAAGCAAGUGUUCACCAAGGAUGCAGCCACAGGUGUGGAGCUGGUGGGCUCGGCGGUGGCUGGGCACUACUUCUGCAGGCACAACGAUAACAACCGGAAGGACCCGGUACUGCUGAUGCGCACACUGGCCUACCAGCUGGCCUCCGCACUGCCCGCCCUGCGCCCGCACCUGAUGGAGCUGUCUGACAAGGAGGUGGACGGACUUCGGGACGUGGAGACCGCCUACCAGACACUGCUGGCGGGGCCGCUGGAGAGCGUCAAGGAUGAGCUGGCAGCGCUGCACCGGCCAUUGGUGGUGGUGAUCGACGCACUAGAUGAGAUGGAGCUGGCGGGCUCGGGCGGUGGUGGUGGGGCGCAGAAUUCGCUGCUGCGGCUCAUUCGUGAGCACUUCGUCAACCUGCCCCCGGCCGUCCGCUUCGUGCUGACCACACGACCUGAGCCGCAUAUUACCCGUGUGCUGGGCAAGGCUUUCAGCCCGUUCAUUAUCAAAGCAGACGACCCACGCCACCUGCGAGACCUCCGGCAGCUCAUCGCUCAUGAGCUGGGCAGCCGGCUGGUGGUGCAGGGGGUUGAGGCAGGGAUUGAUGGUGGCAUUGGCAAGGAUGCUUGGAGGGAGCCGACUCAAAAGGAGCUGGGUGAGGCGGUGGACCUGCUGCUGGGCAAGAGCCAGGGCUCCUUCGUGUACGUGGCCAGACUGCUGGAUGGACUGAAGGCCAAGGACCGCUGGAGCCGAGCGGACCUGACAGCCUUGCCCCAAGGCCUCUACGCCACUUACACCGACUUCCUGCAGAAGCACAUCGGUGCUCCUAAAAGCCCCACUUUUUUGGCUGUAAAGCGCCUGCUACAGCUGCUGCUGGCGGCCCAGGACCCGCUGUGCGUCGAAAUGCUGGCAGCAGCCUGGAACAGCAGCGGCCUGAUGGCAGGUGCUGCAGGGCAGCAGCUGCGGCCCAGUGAGGCGCAGCAAGAGGUUGAGCAGCUGCUCAGCAAGCUGGGCUCCCUCUACAUGCUACGUGACAACCACGUGCUGGUCUUCCACAAGUCUUUCCAUGACUUCCUGUCAGCUCGCAAGCUCGAGGAUGACGCACUCAACGAUUACUGGGUCGACCCGCUGCCAGGGCACGCCUUGCUGGGUCCCGUGGGGGUCCAGCUUGUGUCGCAGCAGGCGGCCAAGGCCGUGGGGCUGUCCCAUUCACCCUCCGUCUCAGCCCUUAUGCCGCCCGCUGGCAGCACCAGCGCCAACAAGACGGGCACCAGCAGUGGUAAGACAGCAGCAAAGCAGUGGUCAGCCAGCUACAGCUGCCAGUACACAGUGCGCCACCUGGUGCAGGUGCUCAACCAGGAGGAGGAGGACCGGGAGGGGGCUGACCUGGCCUGCCGCCUGCUGGAGGGGCUGCUGGGGAACUUUGAAUACGUAUACGCUGUGUUCAGCAGCGGUGCGGGCCACAGCGUCAUCAGGGACCUUGGGGCCCUUAAGCAGACUAGCAGGACCUCUCAGUUGUAUGAUACAAUCCGAUGGUUGUUCGGCCAGCAGCAUGAGUUAACAAAAGCCGCGAAUGUUACAAACGUGAUUGCCACUGGCCUCAGGUGCCCAGUCGGCACAACAGUCUUCAGACAGGCCCAAGCACAGCACCAAGUUACGUCUGCCACACAGGGCCUUCAGUCCCAAUGGAGGCUUCAGUACAAGCUUGGGGCCCCCAAAACCUGGACCGCACAGUUGCUGAAAUUUACGGGACAUGGUGACGGCAUCACCAGCGUGGCAUGGAGCCCGGAUGGCCGGUCGCUGGCCAGCGGCAGCUAUGACAGGACCAUCCGGCUGUGGGAUGUGGCCAGCGGCGAGUGCACUGCCACCCUGCAGGGACAUGAUCACCGCACCACCAGCGUGGCAUGGAGCCCGGAUGGCCGGUCGCUGGCCAGCGGCAGCGGUGACAAGUCCAUCCGGCUGUGGGAUGCAGCCAGCGGCGAGUGUACUGCCACACUGCAGGGACAUGAUCCCUCGAGCAUCCUCAGUGUGGCAUGGAGCCCGGAUGGCCGGUCGCUGGCCAGUGGCAGCGGGGACUGCACCAUCCGGCUGUGGGAUGCAGCCAGCGGCGAGUGCACGGCCACGAUGAAGGGACAUGCUGACGAUGUCAACAGCGUGGCAUGGAGCCCGGAUGGCCGGUCGCUGGCAAGCGGCAGCAGUGACAAGACCAUCCGGCUGUGGGAUGCAGCUAGCGGCGAGUGCACUGCCACCCUGCAGGGACAUGAUGACACCAUCAGCAGCGUGACAUGGAGCCCGGACAGCCGGUCGCUGGCUAGCGGCAGCAGGGACAACAACAUCCGGCUGUGGGAUGCAGCCAGCGGCGAGUGCACUGCCACCCUGCAGGGACAUGAUGACACCAUCCGCAGCGUGGCAUGGAGCCCGGAUGGCCGGUCGCUGGCAAGCGGCAGCAAUGACAAAACCUACCGGCUGUGGGAUGCAGCUAGCGGCGAGUGCACUGCCACACUGCAGGGACAUGGCGACAGCAUCACCAGCGUGGCAUGGAGCCCGGAUGGCCGGUCGCUGGCCAGCGGCAGCUGGGACAGCACCAUCCGGCUGUGGGAUGCAGCCAGCGGAGGUGAUGACACUGCCCCACUGCAGGGACAUAAUGGCUACAUCACCAGCGUGGCAUGGAGCCCGGAUGGCCGGUCGCUGGCCAGCGGCAGCUGGGACAAGACCAUCCGGCUGUGGGAUGCAGCCAGCGGCGAGUGCACUGCCACCCUGCAGGGACAUGGUCACCGCACCACCAGCGUGGCAUGGAGCCCGGAUGGCCGGUCGCUGGCCAGUGGCAGCUGGGAUGAAACCAUCCGGUUGUGGGAUGCAGCCAGCGGCGAGUGCACUGCCACCCUGCAGGGACAUGAUGACACCAUCAGCAGCGUGGCAUGGAGCCCAGAUGGCCGGUCGCUGGCCAGCGGCAGCAGUGACAGGACCAUCCGGCUGUGGGAUGCAGCCAGCGGCGAGUGCACUGCCACGAUGGAGGGACAUGAUGACUACAUCACCAGCGUGGCAUGGAGCCCGGAUGGCCGGUCGCUGGCCAGCGGCAGCGAUGACAAGACCAUCCGGCUGUGGGAUGCAGCCAGCGGCGAGUGCACUGCCACCCUGCAGGGACAUCAUUUUGGCAUCAACAGCGUGGCAUGGAGCCCGAAUGGCCGGUCGCUGGCCAGCGGCAGCCGUGACAACAUCAUCCGGCUGUGGGAUGCAGCCAGCGGCGAGUGCACUGCCACCCUGCAGGGACAUCAUUUUGGCAUCAACAGCGUGGCAUGGAGCCCGGACAGCCGGUCGCUGGCCAGUGGCAGCGAUGACAACACCAUCCGGCUGUGGGAUGCAGCCAGCGGCGAGUGCACUGCCACACUGAAGGGACAUGAUGGCAACAUCAACAGCGUGGCAUGGAGCCCGGAUGGCCGGUCGCUGGCCAACGGCGGCGAUGACAAAACCAUUUGCAUUUACAGCACAUCAAGUUAAUGGCACACAUGCAGCCCAGCGCUAUGACGUUCGAGUGGCCUCUUGUGUGGGGGCGUUGUGCCCCGUAUAAGGCAAGGGCAUGUGGUAAUAUACUUGGGGCGCGCCAAACAGCUGGGCUCGACGAUCAGUUAACAAGGGGUCGGGUUUUGUUAAAGAUGCGAUCAUGUAUACGUGUUGUUAUGCGGCUUUGGCACCUUUAGUUGACAUCUUCGGUGCUAUGUAGUUGGGUUUCGGGUUUUUUGUCAUUGAGGGAGGAUAUAUCUGUGUGGUACGUAUAGAGCAUGUGCUUGGCUACGAACGACUGAAUCGGAUUUAGGGACUUAUCUGUACGGCUUCGGAGCUGCCUGGGACGUUACACCUAUCUUUCUAUCUCUGGCCGGAGCUGCAGCGAGGAGCUGCCCUUAUGCGCCCCUACCUGCUCCGCUGCACUCUCUCUCCGCGUCUGGGAAGGCAGGGGUUAACAGGCGGUCCUAGGGGCUGGUGAUUAGCUCGUGGUGUUUUUGUGGUUUGGGCUGUUGGUGGCGGGUGUGACUCAGCGUGUUUAAGAUUUGUCUCGCGGUUUCUGCUUGGAUGCUGCUCUUCCUUAGUGGCCGGUGGUCGGCCUCUAUCAGACUUGGUUGGCUGGCGGUUUGCGCUAUCAUGCUCGGUGUUCUUAUUCCUCGCAGUUUGCGGCGUUUGUGCGUUGCUGUGUGGAAGAAGGUGUGGAGUUCUUGCCUGCGUCGCAGUACACGGGUUUGUUGUGGGCCCAGGCUUUGGCAGCCAAGGGUACGGUUCAGGCCCGCACGGCCCAGCCUUAUUUUAGUGCGGUCAAUACUGCUCAUGAGUUGUUGGGUUUUCCUAAGCCGUGUGCAGGUGAUAAUGUAUUGUUCUGUGCCUUCCGUAAAGGCUGGGAGCGGCUGCAGGUAGCGCUGAGCCCGGCUUCCUCGUUAGUUCUGGCCCUUAGCGCUCGUGAUGUUUGGCACCUGUAUGAGCAGCUUCCGGGGUUAUCGUUUCGUCGGAUGUGUUUGUGCCCCUCUUAGCUGACGUGUUGGGCUUUUGUCUUUUCCUGCGUCCUGAUUCCUUGUUCUCCAUUUGUUGGUCGCAAGUGGUCGAGGUUGAUUCCGUGCCAGUGUUGCAGUAUAAGCUGCUGAAUUGGAAAGGCCGCAUUGUGGCGCCAGCGUCAGCACCGGUGCUGCGGUUUCCUUUGGGUGGCCUUCCUUUUCUACAAGCAGCGUUAGUUCAGCAGUUCCUGCGUUGUGGGCAGUUGUGGCCACAGCGGCAGUCCACGUGUGGGGGCGAGCAGUGGUUCCGCUUGGUCCUGGAGCGUUGUGGUCUGUCCCGGCUGGCUGGUAUCCAUACCCUUCAUAGUUUACGGCGUGGUGGUGCGUCUGCAGCUCGAGCAGUGGGUGUUCCUGUUGAAGUGGUGGAGAGCUUUGGCGGCUGGAGUGCGGGCUCUGUUGCUUUGCGGGAGCACUACCUAGAUAUGGCCGCAGAAUUGAUACUGACCGUGACAGCUGCGUGCCGGGCGUCCCCAGCCCCCCAUACCUGCGAGAUUCUUUUGAGGAGGGGUCCGUACGCGAGGUAGGAGUCUCUUUGUUACAUGGAAGGAAUUGGGGCCCUGUUCGCCUCGCAUGUCCAACCGGUAUUCGUCACAACGAGAUAAACAAGUCUCGGAGCAAGAUUCGGGUGCUAAGUACUGAUGCGCAGGGUGCUGCGCUUUAGAGACCACAAGCUGCGGCGGGACAGUACCGGCGGCCGCCGCCGUGUGCGACGGCUGCAACACGGGCUGGCAUUGGGAUUGCCUGGGUCUGCGGGGAAAGCCGAGAGGGCAGUGGUUGUGUCCGCGCUGCCGGGAGUUGGAUCAGAGGGGGCGAGACGCCACCAUUGCGCUGGAGACGCAGGGACCGCUGCUGACCCCGACCGGGGUGGAGGCGGCGGCGCCGGUGUCGCCUGCGCAGGGGGCGGAAGGGACGACGGGCGGAGCAGGCAAGGGGAGGCGCCGGCGCGGGCGGCCGUCACGACUGGCGGCGGCGCCGCCGGGGUCCCAGCCAAGCGCCGCGCCGCCUGCUGGAGCGGCGGCGGGUGAUCUGGCGGUUCCCCCAACAGCGGAGGCGGCAUAGGCGGUGUCCGCCGGCCGAGGGGCGCGCCGCCGAGGGCGGCCGCCGCGUGCUGCGGCGGCUGCGCCAGCGGCGGUGGCCCUGGUGUCGGCGGUUGAGGACGUCGCCGUGGCGCCAACGGAGGCGGAGGCCGCUGCCAGCGCAUCGGCGGGGUUGCAGAUGGCGGAGGGCGUGCCUGUCCAAGUCCCGCGCAUGGGCCUGGCGCUGGAGGGAGUCGGAUUUCGGGGUCGUGUAGCUGUGGGGGAGGAGGUUGGCAGGUUGUUGUUCCCUCGGGCAGAGACGCGGCGCUGCGAUGAGGAGGCUGCAGCCCUGGCGGGGAGACGGGUGCGUCGGGAAGGGGAGCAGGUGGUGUGUGGGGUGGUGCAGUACUUGGGCGCGGUCAUGAGGCCCUUGUACCUUCUGGUGGCAUGGGAGGAUGGAGGCCUGGAGCAGACCACUUUGGCAGGCGUGCGGGAGUGGCUCUCUCAGUGAGUAGGGGGCCGGGAGGCAGCGGGGUUUGGCCUCCAGGGGUGACUCGGCCUGCGGGCCCCAGGUUCAUGCCCCUUGUGGGGAAGCUGCGGGCGCUGUGGCGCUGGGACUGUAUCUGGGGGGGCAGGGCCCCGUGAGCUUGUGCUGAGGCCCAGGGGUGUCGUGUGUGGAAGACGGCCGCCGGUGUGCACGGCGGGUCAGGGCAGUUGAGGGAAGAGGAAGCGAGGAAUUGGUUGGUAGGUCGUGGGUGGUUGAAGUGGAACCAGGAGGUGAAGGAGAAGGGAGAGCAGAUGGAGGUAUGAGGGGGUGCCGCUGAGGGCGCCUUCCUGACCGGCGAGGUUGGCGGAUCCUGGGGGUUGGAAGAACGGUUCAUGUGGCUCGGACGGACGGCCUGAGAGACGGGCGGAUGGCGCCCUGGACGAACGGGUGGUCAACCAUUGCGUGCGCGGGCCAUGCCUUUUUAUGUGGUGUGAUUGUGCGGCCUGCUGUGUGCACUUGCGUUCUUGUCAUGCCUGUGUCCUUGCCGGUGUGGCUGGGGUCCUCGCGGUACAACCAACCCCCUAGGCCUGGUUUGGUUUUGGGGGGGAGUAUGGACCCCAGUGGCGCUAGGUGUGCAAGCCGGCGUAUGGGCGCGACAGCUGUCGCGCCCCGUUACCGGCAUGUUCAUUCUGUCGGCAGAGGCGGGUGCGACCGUGGCAAAGUGUCCUGUGGUUCGGUCAAGUUAUGACUGCAGGGAUUGCUUGUUAUGAAGGUGACAUGUGGUUCUGAACAUAUUGUAGGUAGUGUGAUGGCUCCUGUGCUUUGGGCCUCGCUAUCUAGCAGAAGAUACGUGUACGGCGUAUCGCAUCAGGUUGUCGUACG